GGGAAGCCUGAGAUUAGCAGUGUUGCCAUGCAGGUUGAUGACGAGCGUGUUCUUCCCCCUCAGAGCUCCACCCGGACCAUGUUCAAAUGCACUUGGACGGGCUGCCACGAGAUGACGGCCGCCUGUGACGCCAUCGAGAGACACAUUCGCUCCACACACCUCGGGCGCGAGGAGCUCAUCAGCGACCACAGCGACAGUGACAGCGACGACGAGGACGAUCACGAGGAGGAAUUCUACUGGACUGAGGUCGAGGUCAAUGUCACCACCUGGGUUGACCCCUGUGAGCCCCUGGUGACCCCCACGGCCCCGCCAAUCAGCCCCCCGGCACACCCCGUCCUCGCUGCCCCCCAGAAAGUGCUCACCGCCCCGCCCGCUGCCGCCGUCCCCCCGCAGCCGCUGGGGACCUUCCCGUCGGUGCCCCAGCAGGCCACGUCCCCGCAGUACAUCCACGUGUCCUCCCCGCCCACCCUGAGCCACAUGGACAUGGCUCGCCCGCCACAUGAAGACCCUCGCUACAGACAUGCGCCUGGGGGACCAGUCACCAGCCUCUCCAGCUCCUGGCCCCGCACCUCCACCUACCUGAGUUCUGGCAGAGCCAAGGUCAGGGUGAGCUCCUCCCCCAAAGCCUCGCCCGGCCGGGGGAAGAGGAACGGGGAGAGCCGGAAGUGCCGCAAGGUGUACGGCAUGGAGCAGCGGGACCUGUGGUGCACGCAGUGCAAAUGGAAAAAGGCUUGCAGCCGCUUUGGGGAGUAAGGUACCUGUGGCAGCCACUCACUCAGUGGUUCAUUCAGAAAGUAUCACAUAAUACAUUCUAGCACAUUCAAGGACAAAGGAACAAUCUCUAAAUGGUGUCCUCUGGAGAAGAUGGUGCACAACCUCUUCUUCCAAGUCUUUGAAUAAGUUUAAUGCUGAAGCUUGAGAAGGACAAAGGUCACUCACCAGAAGGACUGUGAUCAGUGUGUAGCCGCUGCUGAUACAUGACAGGCCAGGCAGCAGCCAACUUACAAUGUGUGAACGGAAGCUUUCACUGAUGGACCCUGGAAGGUAGGCUUUAUCCAAGCUUUUAUCACUGCCACUUUGAGGUUUGGAUCACCAAAUGAUAAAGAGUAUAUUUAUUUACAUCAUAUUCAGAGAUAUGUACAUAGUAGAUGUGAGAAGACUAAGAUUAAGUGGUCAUGCAAAAUUAUUAUAAAUUAAACAAUACUGAAUGUUACACUGAAUGUAAACAUUAUCAUAUCUGGCCUAUGCAGUUUCUCGUUCGAAAUUCAACUUAGACAAGACUCCAAAGCAAAUAACGUACAGAUUUAAAACAAAAAACAUCGCGUGUGUGAAACGGACAAGAUCGAGGCUUCCAAACGUGCACCACCAAUGUUUCAGUAGAUGACAGUUGCCAGUGAUGACCAUGAUGUAUGACAGUGUGACUCAAGUAGACUUGUACAUGUAUUUGUGUUCUGUUACGGCAAUGGACUUUUAAGGACGUAUUGCAGAGCAGAGCCUGGGUGAGACAACCUGGAAGUGUGUAUCACUUAAGACGAUAAAGUUCUAAUUUCGCUAGGUUUAAAUAGAACAAGACAGGUACUAGAUAAUGGAGUAUCCUCCUACACCUCAUGACAUACCUAUUAGAAAAUAUUGUAAUGUAAAGUGUUUGAAGAGUAUGGAAUCCAAGCACUUGAAAUGUACAAAAAAGAAGUGUAAUAAUACUUGACGCCCACUGUGAAACUUGCCGAGUUAAUACUGGAGUUACUUUGUUUGAUUUUGUUGAGCCAGGUAAAGGUAAGGCUGGGAACACACGCCAUAGCUACGGGUGCCCUUGGUGCUCUUCUCCGUCUCUGGCCCUUGAGCCUGAGAACCCAUUACCUAUUUAUCGCCCAGCCAUGAAAGAGGAUCAACAGCUGGGUUGGCUGAGCACCGACAUAACCGGUUGGGAUUCAAACCCAAGCCUGCAGGUUCAUGGCUAGGCAAGCUGACCACUGCACCGCGGAGACAGCCAGAUUGAUUGCACUGAUGUUACGUCACAUUGUAUAUUUAACCUCUAUAAAUUCUGGUAGAAUAUGAAAGUACUUAGCCAUGUUCACCCUAGUGCAAACAGAUUACUCUAAAUCCAGAGCUAUAUACAUGUAUUAAACCACUUCAAGAAUGUGAUAAGUCUGUUAUACAUUUUUUCUAAGUUGCAUUAUUGUGUGCUGCAUUUAAUUUUCUUGUGAUUCAAAACUGGUGCAGGAUGGGGACUGCCACCACCACCACCACCACCACCACCUUCACCUUGGAGGGUUUACCCACUCAAUGUCUGCCAAACACCAUGUGAUUUUUAUCUUUUAACCUGGUAGCAGCGGGAUCAUGUUUCUUAAUGGUCUUAAGAGAAAAGUGAGAAAAAAAUCACCCCUCACACAAACCAUUUCAUAAUAUAUAUCAAAGCAUUUGUGAUCAGAUUACGUAUCGUCUAUUUUGGGGGGUUUAUAUCAUGGCACAAAUUUGGCCCGUUGCUGCUACACAGUAAAGCCACAAAUUUGGCCCGUCGCUGCUACACAGUAAAGUUACAAAUUUGGCCCGUCGCUGCUACACAGUAAAGCCACAAAUUUGGCCCGUCGCUGCUACACAGUAAAGCCACAAAUUUGGCCCGUCGCUGCUACACAGUAAAGCCACAAAUUUGGCCCGUCGCUGCUACACAGUAAAGCCACAAAUUUGGCCCGUCGCUGCUACACAGUAAAGCUACAAAUUUGGCCCGUCGCUUCUACCGGGUUAAAUAAUGUUGAAAUGCUAACAAAAGCCGAGAGAUUACACAGCUCACUAUGACCAAAGUAGAAAGCAUCUCCUGUCUCCAUGUACACUGCUGCUGCAACAGACAGUACCUUAAUGUAAGAAAAUUGAGCUUGUCAAGAAUGGAACGAAUACCUGUAACACUGGCUUGUCCGUGGCAAGACCUGCUGACUGAAAACAUUUUUUAUUAUGAUGAAGAAUUUGAUGCAUAAUAUUCCAGCACCAGGCAACAAAACGCCUUGUCACAUACAUGAUAGUGCUGACAUCCAACAUCAAAAUUGGCUGUCUAAUAUGCAAAAUCCUUUUCUUUCUGAUAACCCUGCUCUCCAUAGUAAAGGUGUUCAUGAGUGGGUAAAUUAUUACAUCUAACUUACAAUCUUGCAUGGUCAUCAGUCUCCCACUCCUGAUCAUGGUUGUGGUACUCCGCUGCUCGCCAGGAGGCUGGUGACCGCCAGUUUUGAGAGUGGAGGUUGUACGAUCUCUUGCUACAAAUUAUCUUUUGAUACUAAGUCUUUCAUUGUGCCAACACAGGACAUUAACUUGUGGUUUCCGUUAGCCAUCGUGCAUGACCAAUAAACCUUUCCUGUUAGGUUCAGUAGGCAGUGGCGGGAAUGCAGGGGUGGCAGCUGAUCCCUCUGGAAAAAGACAGAAAAUAUAGCACAAUAAUAUUAUUGUGAUCACAAUGACAAAACUGUAAA